AAAAUCUUAUAUAAUCCUUUUUCCUUUAGAAGUUUCAUAAAUGUACAGUGGACUUCACCAAAUGUCCCCACAGUAAAAACGGCUCACUCAGAUGUCUGUCAUCAUCUCAUGAUCUCAAUCACAAAUCGGACACUUGGAUCCUCUGGAGUCUUUUCUGCUUGGUCCCUUUAAGUAUUUUAUUAUUUUGUUUCACAGCUCUAUUUAUCCUUGCCAGUUUUUUUGUUUCGUUUAGUUUCCCCUCUUCUCUUGAUGGCCAUGCGGUGACGUGGACUGGAGGAGACUGACGCCUCGUUUCUCCAUGUCGGGUAUUUUGUUUUUCUUUUGUGUGUGUAUGUGUGAAGCGGCACGAGUUUCUCUUUUGUUGUGUUGUAACUAAUCUAAAAUCAAUAAAAAAGAAACAUAAAUACUUUAAUAAUCUUGUGUUUUCUCUCCACUCGCCCUGCAUUCUUCACAUGAAUUAUGACGCUCGCAGCACACUCACUCACGUCUCCAUUUUGGAUGUCUGCCUCUGGUUCUGAUGGGUUCUGUUUUCAGAAAUGUUACCCAAAGGAACUAAAAUCAGUUCGGAAGAAGAAAACAAUUAUUUUUUUAUUAUAUUUGCUGAAAAUCAGCGGAAAUGUAGAUUUCCAGGCUUUUAUUUUGAAGGUGCGGCAUUUCACUUCAUGACUUCCGUUCAUUAUGUAAAUAGUAAAGAUGGCGGCCUCUUGUGCGCUCCGAGCCGUCCUCAGCCGAACUCUGAGCCGGCCCAGAUGUUCUGGAGGGGUCAGGUGGCCUUUGACCUCUGCUCGGGUUGUCCCUGAGGCGGGACGCCGCGCAGCAUGCUGGGAAGCACAAAACAGACGUCAAGACGGCACAAAAUACCACCGAAGAAGAGGAGGAGGUCUGUGGGCGGCAGUCGCGUUCUCCCUGUUCAGCUCCACCGAUGAAGACCAGAGGGACGAAGCUCAGAGGAAGGAGGACGACAUCAUUCUGCUGCUGAAGAAAGCCAAGCUCAGCGUGCAUCGUGGGAAUCUGCAGGCGGCUUCGUCCUUCUUCCAUCAGGCCGUCGCUCUCGCUCAGCAGACCCACAACGAGAAGGCCAUCAUCUACACCUACAGCCAGAUGGCGAACCUGGCCUACAUUCAGGGUCACCUGGACAGCGCAGAGAAGCUCUUCAAAGCAGCCAUGAGCCACAUGCUGGCUGGAGGAACUCCAGAGGACGACAACGCUGUCAUUGAGAUGUCUCUGAAGCUGGCCACCAUUUACGCUGAGCAGAACAAGGCGGAGCUGGCCGAACACGGUUUCAGGUUCUGUGUGGAAUCACUGGAGGGCAAACUGGAGAAGCAGCCAGAGGACGAGAAGACAGAGCAGCAGGAAGCUCUGAGGAAAGACACUCACCUUCUGCUGGGUUUGUGUUUGGACUCGCGAGCGCGGUACCGAGUCUCACGGAUGGACCUGGACCUGGCUGGACAGGACUGCAGGAAAGCCCUGGACAUCUGCCGCCAGGAGCAGGGACAGGAUCACCCACAGGUAGACACACCUGGAGACACGACAGGAGACAAGACCGGAGACACGACUGGAGACACGACUGGAGACACGACAGGAGACACGACCGGAGACACGACUGGAGACACG